AUGACCACGCUGACAAUCCCCGUGUGGCUCGACUGUGACCCCGGCAACGACGACGUCUUCGCCAUCCUCAUGGCGGCAUACCACCCCCGGUUCCAGCUUAUCGCUAUCUCCACCGUUCAUGGCAACGCCCCCAUCGAAAAUACCACCCACAACGCUCUCUACACUCUUGACGUCAUCCACAAGAACGUCCCCGUGUACCAAGGAGCCGCCAAGCCGCUGGUAAACCCGCUGAAGUUUGCCCCCGAGAUCCACGGUGUUUUGGGCCUCGGCGGCGUUAACAUCCCCGUGGAAACCAGACACCACAAGCUGACGGACAAACUGUACUUGCAGGCGAUGCACGAUGCCAUUGAAGCGCACGCGGGCGAGCUCUGCUUUGCCGUCACCGGUACCAUGACCAACCUCGCUCAGCUCUUGCAGGCUUAUCCCGGCAUUGAGCAAAAGAUCGGUUACGUGGCGAUCAUGGGUGGUGGUGUCCACAGAGGCAAUGCCACUAAAUACGCUGAAUUCAACUUCUACGCUGACCCCCAUGCCGCCAACUUCUGCUUGCAAAAGCUUGGAUCCAAGGCGAUCAUCGCUCCUCUUGAUCUCACUCACCAAUGCAACGCUCUGGCCGAGGUGAGAGAACGGAUGGUGGGCAACCGCACUCUGAUACGCGAGUGGUUCUAUAACGUGGUGAUGUUCUAUAAUGAGCUGUACAUCAAGAACCACGGUAUUACUGCUGGUCCUCCCGUCCACGACCCUGUGGCUCUCUACUGCCUCUUGCCAGUGAUUGACAAUGACUUUGACACUUACGGUUACAAGGCUGAUCGAGCCAAGUGCCUGGUGACUGAGUCCGGUGAACACUCGGGCCAAUUGGUGAUGGAUGACGAUGCCAAUGGAUCGUACAUCGGCACCACCAUCGACGCCGCCAAGUUCUGGGGCGAGCUCUUAGACUGUCUCGACCGCGCCGAAGCCGCCGCCUAA